AUGGCAACUUUUCACCCGACUUUGUGGGGAGAUUACUUCCUUACACACCAGCCACAAUCUUCAGGGCAGCAACCUCAGAUGAGAGAAAGAAUGGAAGUUUUAUUGGAGAAAUUGGUUUCACUUCGAUUUUAUCUUUUGCGGAAAAAUAGAUAUGAUGUCUCAUCUGAUGUAUUCAAUAAAUUUCAAGACAAACAAGGAGAUUUCUUUCAAUCAGAUACAAAUAGUUUAUUGAGCUUAUAUAGUGCAGCGCAUAUGAGGACCAAGGGAGAGAAAGUACUUGACAAGGCAAUCUAUUUCACUAAAAAACACCUCCUUGGCGCGUUAGAACAUUUGGAAUCACCAUGUGUAGAGGAAGUGUAUUUUGCUCUUCUUACACCUCCUUUUAGAAGGGUUAGGAUAUUAGAAGCAAGAAGCUACAUACCUUGUUAUGAAAAAGAGCCUACACGAAAUGAAGCCAUAUUGGAGCUUGCAAAAUUGAAUUUUAAUAUUCUGCAACUUCUUUUCUGUGGGGAGUUAAAGGAGGUCACCUUGUAA